ACCGAUCUGCUGCAACUUCUUGCAACUAAUUUAAGCAGUCCCCAACACGCUGAAACCCCGUCGCCCUUCUUUGAUUGCAAUGGCCACCUUUAUCUCGCACAAUCCAAUCGUCGCUCGCGCCUCGCUUUUCGCCGGGCGGAGACUUGCAACCCAGACCACUAAUGGGACCAGCAAAGUAUCUAUGCGCGCCACUUGGAUGCCCGGCUCAGCUCCCCCUUCCUACCUCGAUGGAUCCAUGCCAUGUGACUACGGCUUCGAUCCUCUCGGUCUUGGCAAGGAGCCUGACAAUCUCGCGCGUUUCCAGGAGGCUGAGCUCAUACACGCACGUUGGGCUAUGCUCGGCGUUUCCGGGGCGGCCGGCGCUGAGAUUAUAACGGGCAUCAACUGGGUUGAAGCUCCGGUCCAAUCGCAGCAGACCUACCUUGGAAACACCAUUCCUUUUCCCUUACCUGCAAUAGCUGCAAUUGAGGUUUUCGUCAUGGCUUAUGUUGAGUCCAAGCGUGGCUCUGAAACUGAUCGUUCCAAACGAAUGUAUCCCGGCGGGGCUUUUGAUCCCGCUGGCUUUUCGAAGGGCGCAGACUUUGAGAAGCUGAAGCGCAAGGAGCUCGCCAACGGCCGCGUGGCGAUGCUGGCUUUCGCUGGUAUUAUUGGUGAAGCUCAGGCGAACAACUUGGAGGGCCCAGUUGCAGCGCUCGCCCGCCAUCUCGCCGAUCCUUGGCACGUGAACGCGGCCACAAACGUCGCCGCAGUUCCUUACUUGUAACCGAGCGUCUCUUGACCCUCCUUGUUUGCUCGGAUCUGCGAGAUCUCAAUAGAAACGAAUGAGAAAUAGAUUUAUGCUGUUAAACAUAGUGAAAAUCUUUGGUCCAUC